GGAAAUCACGACUUACUGAACAGUCCGACCGUAGAGUCGGUGACGGCCUAUAAGAACCAAUUCGGUGACGACUAUUUCACCUUCUGGGUCGACGGCUGUAUGUUUAUUGUAAUCAAUGUCCAGUUUUAUAAGGAUCAUACAAAUGCGCCCGAUCUAUAUAAGGAGCAUGAUCAAUGGUUUGAUAAACAGCUCCUGGAGGCCAAAGCCGGCAAUUAUAAGCACGUGAUUGUCUUUCAACACAUCCCAUGGUUUCUGAAUGAUAUCAACGAACCGUUGGAUGAAAUGUAUAACAUCGAGAGUGUGACUCGACACAGGAUGGUGAAAAAAUUUCACGCGGCCGGAGUGCGGGCCAUAUUCGCCGGUCAUUAUCACCGCAACGCCGGCGGCCGAUAUGAAAACAUGGAGCUCAUAGUGACGUCGGCUAUUGGCGCCCAAUCGCCACCCCCUCAACAAAAUGCCAACUCUGGCUACCGAGUGGUCACUGUUGAUGAGGAUAAAAUUAGUCACAAAUACGUGGACAUUAAAGUAUCGAGCUCAAAUUCGGUGUUUAAUUUUAACCCUUGUAACCAACAACCGGUCUUAGAAGUCGAUCGGUUCAAACGUGCGGUGAAUAGAACUUAUGUGGGUUUUGAAAAAGAGAAAAACAUAGAAUGGAAAAAGUCGUUCCACUUUAUACAGGGAGCGGACACACAGUUCGGUAUGAUUGAGACGUAUUUGCAAAACAAAACGGACGGCCAGUGGUGGGAAGAGAUAGCACUCACCCGACAGGCCAUCAGUGAGUGGAAUGCUAUGCAACCGAAGCCCAAGUUUGUGGUCAUUUGCGGCGAUUUGGUCGACGACUUGCCGGGCAAAGAGCCCCGACGGGCCAAACAGAUCGCAGAUUUUAAGCAAGUGUUUCAAACUAAGGGUGUGGUAGGGUAUGACCACUACUAA